CUCGUGCAGUAGAGGAAAAAAAACAACAAAAGACAACUGUCACAAUACAAGGGUCCCGAAAAAAGAUAAAUAGAGUAAAGCACGAUUGGCCAACACACUUUACAUUGCACAAAUGUAGUCUAGCGUGCUUAGUAGCUUAGAACGCGGUGCAGCAUGCCUGGAAAAGUGAAGGUAAAGGUGCUUGCGGGCAGAAAUCUGCCCGUAAUGGACCGUAGCAGCGAUACGACGGACGCUUUCGUGGAAAUCAAGCUCGGAAACGUGACGUACAAAACCGAUGUCUGCAGGAAAACGUUAAAUCCGCACUGGAACUCGGAAUGGUACACGUUUGAGGUGGAAGAUGCCGAGCUGCAGGAUGAACCGCUUCAGAUCCGGCUGAUGGACUACGAUACCUACACGGCUAACGAUGCAAUCGGCAAAGUGUACAUUAACCUCAGCCCGCUGCUCCACUCUACGAGCAAAUCGCGGACAGGCAAAGGGUCCAUCACGUCCGGUUGGUUACCGGUGUACGACACGAUUCACGGCGUGCGCGGGGAAAUCCACGUGAUCGUGAAGGUAGAUCUGUUCACCGACUUUAACAAGUUUCGGCAAAGUUCUUGUGGCGUGUUGUUCUUCCACUCAUCCAACAUACCGUACGGCUACAGCAUUGCUAUGUACCAUGGGUUCGUGGAGGAGCUAGUUGUAAAUGAUGAUCCCGAGUAUCAGUGGAUUGAUAAAAUUCGUACCCCACGUGCGUCGAACGAAGCACGGCAGCUAGCAUUUAUGAAAUUAUCGGCACAAGUUCAACGAAAAAUCGGAAUAAAAGCAAUCGAAAUGGGCGCCAACGCAGUGAUAGGAUACAUGCAGUGUUACGAUCUGGAGGGCGAUGUCGGCGUGGUGGCACGUGGCAUCGGGACUGCAGUUUCGUUGACAAAAAUCAACGAGUCCUUUUCACAGCACAUUGGCGAGGAGAUUCUGGUGGAAGAACAUAAACUCUCCGGAAGUUCGGACUUUGGCGAUGCGCCCCGAAGGGCGAUAGGGAUUAGCGUGGAAGCAAACAAUCACGCGUCGGGCAACAGCCCGACGAAGCUGGGUACACCGAUAGUGAAUGCUUUGCUGACGAAAGAUUCCGCCUGCGUGCCAAUAUGUCGACGAUCGUCCGAUUCCGAUCUUAGUAUCACACCUAAAGGAAGUUCGUGCCCGCUCGAUAAGAGCAUCGGCAUCGUGCGGAACUAUGGAGCAAACAAUGGCAAUACCAAGUCGAUCAUGAUCAUGAACUAUGACAUGCUGGAAAUGUUGGAGUAUCCUUUUUUCACCAUGACUAAAUAUCCUGCCGGCAUUAUACGGUACAUAGGCGCUACAGUUACCGCACGAUCGGUAAAGCUGUUGGAGCGUGUGCCGAACCCGAACGAGCCCGAAACCCGUGACAGUUGGUGGAAUGAGAUACGGACGGAGGUUCGAUCGCAUGCUCGCUCGUUAGGAUGUAACGUUAUUCUCGGCUACGUGGAGCAAACCACCAUCGAUGACGACAUUUGCGUACUUUCGGCCACUGGAACGGCGGCAGUAAUAAAUCUCCAGUUCGGUACCGACAUGUGGAUGGCUGACGCGUCGCUGAACGCUUCCGGAGAUGGUGGAGCAGAAGUCGGCGGCAAGGAGCACAUGACAUCAUCGCUGGACAGACAAGACUUUGAUCGAGAGUGUAGCGGAUCGCGAGAGCAGACCCCGAACACGGUAGAAGCCGACGGCAUUUACGAUGGAGUGAGCGGCAUGAGCAGCAAAUGUACGAUAUGCCACGUGCCGUACUCGCUCGGCUCGGUGAACUUUCGCAUAAACGCGGUCAAAUGUUCAAUGUGCAAGAAUGGCAUUGUGCCGGAUGUGCUGAUUACGACCAUCGAAAUCCCGGACGGUGUGCCAGUGUCGGGGCGCGGCAGUCUUAUACAAGCGCACACCUGCCGCCUUAAACGGGACCUGAAAAGUGAGGCGAACGGGAAGGAAAUAUCGGACGCACUGCCGUUUCUGGAGUACGAGCUGCACAAGCUGCUCGUGAACAAGCUCAAAAUCAAGGGAAUGAACGCCAUCUUUGGCCUGCGGUCCAACAUAACGAUUGGAGAAAAGACGAUCGCGCUGAUCGCGACCGGGACAGCCGUUUAUCUUACCGCCCUUCCGAAACCGUUGCUUCCCCAAAUCGUCGACAGCAGCACGUUUCCCGACGAGCGCAAGCUUCAGGAGCUGCAGAAGAUGGUGCAGAGCAUCGUCGAGCAAAACAUUCACGCGUACCAGCUGCAGUGCGUGUACGAUUCCGACGCCGAACAGCUGCAGUCGAGCGCGGGUGGCAUCGGGCCGGGCGCGAGGGAGGAGCGCGAAGGAGGCGGAAAGGAGCUGGACUUGGUGUGCAUGCAGAAGUCGGCCUGCGUGCUCGAGCUGGACGACAUUUUCGAUUUGGAUUUGCUCACGUUCGAGAAAGAGCCGGAAAUUGCACCAGAUGGGUUCUAUGUAGUCAACUUACAAACGAUGCCCGGCAUCUCGACGGAGGUGCUGGACAACGUACGCCAGUUUCAGAUGUUCACGCAGGUGUGGCGUGCCAAGCUGCCGUACAGUUUGCAGCAUACGACCAGAAAUCUCAACAAGCGCUUCCAGGGACUGCUGAAGCUGAUCUACUACAAGCUCCGCUCGAUGCGACCGUGCGUGCUGUGCGAUCUGCGCUACAAGCUCGAUUUUCCCGAACCGGACGAAAUACAGAUCGUCGUGUCGGGGAUGACGCUGGGGCUCGGGGACGGUACGAGCAGGUUGAAGCGCAAGUGCAGCACACAAACCCAUCAAACACCGGGCCCUUCGCCGUCGGUGCAUGGUAACGCGACCCGAGAACACUCGGCACCAAUCAGAAGCAGCAAUGAUGACGAUAUGAUGUUUUCCUUGGAUGAGGAUUCGAUGGACACGUCGGGGCCACCCUCGUCGGCAUCGGCAGCAACCACGCCGGUACCGUCGAUUGUAAAAAGUUUCAAAACUCGGGGCACAAAAUCGAUGACCUCUUCGUCGUACCACAGCAAAAUCAAUCGAUCGGCGAAAAUGAUUCCGCUGAAGGAUGGUUACGGGGUGGACAUUACGACGCUCAGCUACAUUCCCGGCGGCAAGAUCGAAAAGUAUCUCGGCAAUCUGAACUUUUUCUUCAUCCGGGAGUGCACCUCGAUCCGGGAGACUGGCGGCAUAUGCGGCUUUGUGCACAGCUUCAUCUCCGAGGUGCUGUCCAUCGUGCGAGCGCACGUCACCUCCCUUGGCGGCAAUGCAAUGAUUGCGUUCUAUCUGAACGACCUCACGCUGCUGGAUAAUGUGCACAAGAAUCAGGGCCAAUGUCUCAUCAGCGUUGGUGGCGAUGUGGUUUUUGUAUCGUUCCACAAGGAUGAUAAAUGAGCGUUUGCUUCCACAAGACAAAGCAAAAAAUGGAAGGAUCGCCAUCCCAACCAAUCGUUUCACCAUGCACCUGUGGAACUACUAACACGCGGCCGAAUUGGAUGAUAGGAACGAGGGAGGAAAGAUGGCCUGCGCCGUUUGGGGUGCAGGUUUAUAGUUUCUGGGCUUUUGGUCGCCUUUCUUCGCUUCUUCUCUUCGCACGGACAUAAAAUCCCUUCGCAAUUAGUAACCAC